UACCUAUAGAACUAUUUUCCUCCUCAGCUCGUUCGCCCUCGCCUCCGCUCGCCGCGGCGCCACUGCCCACUCUCGAAGUCUCGUUGUCGACCGCCCUCCUCCUUCUUUACCGAGCGCUAUCGAAGGGGAAGAAAGGUUCGCUGCUGAUCCGUCUCUUCCUAGAUCCGCCUCCGUCCGGAAGGGAAGGUUCAGUUUUUGCCCAAUUCCAGUGAGCUCCGGCUGAAUACGUCGGAUCUGAAGUGUACCCGGAAGUUUCCAAGGGUUCUCUGGAAUACCCUCGUUCGGUACCAUAUUUACCGCUCGACUAAUAUUGGCAAAGAUGACAAAAUGGCUGAAGUUCAGAUAGAAGAAAGAAUGUUCAGGACUAUUUGGAGUGAUCUUAAAUACUCUUGUAGGUAUUGCACGGCUUCUAUGGGCUGAGACCUGGGACAAAAUGCUAUUGGAAUUUUUAUCUUGCCAGAAUGGAUGAGAUGUCUGGUGAUUCAGCAAGAUCUGAGCAAGGGAACACCAGUACUACCUGGUGGCCCUCAGAUUUUAUAGACAACUUGCAGUCUGUAUCUCUGGAUUCACGAGAGGAGACUACAUGUAACAUUAGAAAAGCAGAAGUCUUAUCUCAAACUGCAUCGCAGAUAUUGUGGUCUACUGGAACAUUUUCUGCAUCAAUACCCAAUGGCUUUUAUUCUGUCAUCCCAGAUAGAAAAAUUAAGGAGCUCUUCUCAACUAUACCUUCUCCAGAUGACCUUCAUUCUCUUGGUAUGGAGGGGUUUAAGGCAGAUAUCAUUCUUGUAGAUGCAGAGAAGGAUAAAAAACUCUCUAUUUUGAAGCAGUUGAGUGCUGCCAUGGUGAAAGGACUGCACAAUAAUCCUGCUUUAUUAAUUAAGAAGAUUGCUUGUUUGGUCUUUGAUUUUUACAAGCGUCCAAAUUCAGAGUUAAGUCCUGCAAAAACUGCAGUAGAAGAUAUGUCUCAUUGGACAGAAAAUAAAAGCAUUCAACUUUUGGGCCAGAUUAGGCAUGGAUCAUGCCGACCAAGAGCAAUUUUAUUUAAGGCUCUUGCAGAUUCUGUUGGUCUUGAGAGUAAACUUGUAGUGGGCCUACCUAGUGAUGGUGGUAUUGAAUGUGCUGAUUCUUACAAGCAUAUGUCUGUGGUGGUGGUGCUGAACUCUGUGGAACUGCUUGUUGAUCUUAUGCGUUUUCCUGGGCAAUUAAUCCCAUUUUCAACCAAGGCUAUUUUUAUAUCCCAUAUUUCUGCAGCAGGGGAGAGUGACUCUGCCGAGAAUGAUUCCUGCGAUUCUCCUCUUGAGCCAAAUAGCCCACUCUGUGGUCUUCCUGACAAAGGGGAAGCUGAUGGUUGUGAACAAGAUGACAACAAUCACUCUCUCUAUCAGAGGGUUGAUGGUUCAUCUUCAGGUCAAUCACUGCGUAACAUUGUACUGAGAUCAACAACUUUUACUAAGGGAAGGCUGAGUGUGUCUCAUAGUGAACCCGAUAUUGCAAAUGCUCUUGCCGGAUGUAACCAAAGAAAAACUGUUGCAGAACAGCAGCAUACAGCUAGUUCAAGUCCAGAGCAUCCCCUAUCCAGAGCACGGGGGUGGUCCAUGCUUAGUGGUGAUAGGCAAACAUUUAGAGAAUGCACAGAUAAUGCAGAUGCAUCAAGAUCAGAUGGUGCAUCAACAUUUAAUGCUCGCAGGAUACGAAGAAGAAGCAUUAGCAUUACUCCAGAAAUUGGUGAUGAUAUAGUAAGGGCUGUUCGAGCGAUGAAUGAAACUCUGAAGCAAAAUCGUCUCUUGAAGGACCUUGGAGAUGAUGGUUCGUGCUCAUUUUCCACAAAUGACCAAAAUCAGUUGAAUAAUCCACUAAAUAAGGAUGAAAUAUCUUUCAAGCAUUCCAAGCAAACAGGUUCCAGUCAGAAGGCUAUAUCACUGCCUUCUUCACCUCAUGAAUAUAGCGGCAAGAGUCCUGAGAGAAACAGGGAUUCUCCAAGAACAGAAGCAAUGUUGUCAACCUGGAACAAUGUUUUGCAGUCUUCUCCAUUCCUCACUAAGCCUUUAAUUCCUUUCGAGGAAUGGAACAUUGAUUUUUCAGAGCUAACUGUCGGCACACGCGUUGGAAUAGGAUUCUUUGGAGAAGUUUUUCGUGGGAUAUGGAAUGGUACUGAUGUUGCAAUUAAAGUCUUUCUUGAGCAAGAUCUUACAACUGAGAACAUGGAGGAUUUUUGCAAUGAAAUAUACAUUCUAAGCCGCCUUAGACAUCCAAAUGUUAUUUUAUUUCUUGGAGCAUGCAUGAAGCCUCCUCACCUGUCAAUGGUAACUGAAUAUAUGGAGAUGGGAUCUUUGUAUUACCUUAUACAUAUGAGUGGCCAGAAAAAGAAGCUGAGCUGGCGUAAGAGAUUGAAAAUGCUACGUGAUAUCUGCAGGGGGCUGAUGUGCAUACACCGUAUGAAAAUAGUCCAUCGUGAUCUAAAAAGUGCAAAUUGCCUUGUGGAUAAACACUGGGCAGUUAAGAUUUGUGAUUUUGGUCUUUCACGAAUCAUAACAGAUGGCCCCUUGAGAGACAAUUCAUCUGCAGGGACUCCUGAAUGGAUGGCUCCUGAGCUCAUUCGCAAUGAGCCAUUCACAGAAAAGUGUGACAUCUUUAGUCUUGGCGUUAUAAUGUGGGAGCUGUGCACCCUAAAUAGACCAUGGGAUGGCACCCCACCAGUUCAAGUGAUCUAUGCAGUUGCAAAUGAAGGUACGGGACUGGAGAUUCCUGAAGGUCCUCUUGGCAAGCUAAUUGCAGAUUGUUGGGCAGAACCGGAUGAGCGACCGAGCUGUCAGGAAAUCCUAACCCGCCUGCUUGACUGCGAGUAUACUCUAUCUUGACUAUUUCUAGAAUUUGAAUGUAUAGCGAGUGUAGAACCAUAACUUUCGCAUCUUUAAGUUGUAAAUGUUCUGUGAGUAAAAAAUUUUCAUACA